CUCCCCUCCCGGCAUGGGCUGCGCUGGGGCCGGGGCUCCGCCGCUCCUGUGCGCCCGGCUUCCCCGGCUCCGGCGCCCGCGGAGGAGAGGGCGCCCGGCGCUAUGUGAGCGGCCAGCGCAGGAGCCUGCCCCAGCGCCCCCCCUGCAGCCGGCGCCAUGGAGAAGCAGAAAGAUCUAGACAAGCUCCUUUUGGACCUAGAGUCCUUCCUGCUGAUCUUGGACCGGGAGAACCUCAGCUACAUUGCUCAGGCCAAGAAGAAAUCCAUCGCUGAGCUACUUUCCAGGUUCCAGAGCCCUCCAUCAGAGGACGCAGAGUACAUGAUCAUGCGCUGCAUCUCGCCCUCCUCUGGGAGCAGCGCCUUCCAAACGCCACCUGACCUGAGCCCACGCCAAGCAAUCUCGUCUCCAGACACGAUGGGAAGGGGAGAGUGUGACUCGCCCGCUGCCAAUGGCCAGUGCUCCUCAGGCGAGACAAACCCGUUGGGCGUCCUGCCCCACCUCCCUAGCCUGCCAGCUGAGGACUCCUACGAGGAGGCAGAGCCCAUCAGCCCCGAGGGACAUAUGAGCCCAGGUAACCAGCUCCAUUACACCCCUUCCUUUCCGAAACGAGGUGGGAGCAGCUGGCAGGACAUAUCAGCUGCAGCGUGUGUACACAAGCUGCCCCUCAUGUGGCUGUGCCAUGCCUGUCACCCAGGACCCAUCAGCUGCAAUGUAUGCACCUGGGACCCCCCCUCCAACAUCUGUGCCAUGCCUUCUGCACAUCUGCACAGGGCACCCCUGCCUCUUGCUGCUUCCCUUUUACAGCACCCUCCUUGCUUGUGGCACGCCUCCUGCAUGCUGUGCCGCCUCUUCCAUCUAGGCCACGUGGGCAUUGACUGUAAGCUCUCCAAGCCCCGCUCGGCUCCCUGCAUGGCUCCCAGCUCCAGCGGCAUGGUGUGCUUCCCAUUGCAAGCCCAGAGGCCCCUGGCACUGUUGGGGCGGCCCCUUGCCGACAGGCAGCUCCAUUCUCGCCAGGCGCUUGCUCAGCGCCACCCUUAUGCUCUGGGCAGCGGGCGGCGGGGACACAGACAGCAGCCACUACGAGUCAUACGGCGAGGACGAGGACUGCGUGAAGGACCGUGCGCACUACAUCCAGUGGCCACCUGCCGCUGGCACCGCCGAGGCUCCUGCUCGCCCCGAGGCCCAGCUCUGCGGCUUCCUCUGGAGGAAACGCUGGCUCGGGCAGUGGGCCAAGCAGCUCUUCAUUGUCCGGGAACACGCCCUGCUGUGCUACAAGUGUGCCAAGGACCUGCAGCCAGUGCUGGAGCUGGACCUGCGCGGCUGCCGCGUUGCCUACAAGGCCAAGCGCAGCAAGAAGAUGCAGCACGUGCUGAAGAUCACGGGGGCGGCGGCAGAGACGCUGGUGAUGGGCUUCCAGAGCCACCAGCAGGCCGAGGACUGGAGGAAGGUUUGGAGGUGAUUGAGGAGGUGAGCAGCUCUCCUCUCAGCAGGCCUUCUGCCCACAGCUCCCCAGUAUUGCCCAGCUCAGAGCAGGGCAGGAACUCACACCAGGUGAGAGGUUCCCAGCUUGGCUCUGACUCAGAUGAGGAGAACUCCCAGAUCAGCCCAGCUGCAGCCAGCUGCAUCCCAAGGAAGGGAGGUUUCCUGGACGUGCUGCUGAACAACCAGUGGCAGAAGCUGUGGUGCAGGGUGGAGCAGGGCGCCCUACGGAUGUUCAGAGACCCCAGCUGCACUGAGAGCCCUGAGUACGCUGUGCCGCUGGCGGGCAGCAAUGUGACCCCAGGGGCCGACGUGGGCCGACGGCAUCACAUCCACAUCAGCCAGCAAGGCAGAGAGGUCGCUGUCCUGCAGACCCACUCGGAUGAAGAGAGGGACAUCUGGCUGAAGAUCCUGCAGGUGGAGAAGGGAGCGGAACCAGCCUCUGUGUAUGAAACCUCAGUCCCUGGAGAUGGACCCAGCUCUGUCCCUGUGGGGGGCCUGCUGUUGCGGAGAUUCCCAACCCCCAACACCUACAUGGACGACCCCUUUGGGCAGCUCACACCGGCGACUCACCCCAGCCCUGUCUACUCCAAUGCGGAUAUACUGCACCAGCUGCAGCAGAGCUUGGACAGAGCCACUCAAGACCAGACGCAGAGACUCCCAUGUUCCCUUCCCGACAGUGCCUUCAGCAACCCCCAGAGCAGGGCUCCAGAGGAGACAGCUGCUCCUCCAGCCAGCCCGGGCAAGUCUCUGAACAAGCAGUGGGUAGAGGUGGCCCCGGAGCUGAAAAGCCGGGAUUUUUUCCAGUCUCAGCGGACGCUGAUGCAGCCCGCGAGAAAGGGCGCCCCGGACAGCUUGGAUUUCUUAAUUGGUAAGAGGGCUUUCCCCAAGCUGGAGGAGAAGGUAGGGCAGCUGGAAAGGGCGUGCCGGAUGAAAACCAGGCUGAAGGCUGGCUCGGAGAUGAACCUGCUAGCCAUCGGCAAGUCUCUGAAGGGCCACAUAGCCACCGCCACCAGCUCAGCAGGCUCCGAGGGUUCCUUCCUAACACCUCUGCUGAAACGCACCACCUCCACCAAGAGCGCCCUGAGGCGAGCACCCUCUGUGGUCAUCAUUGAAAAGGGGAAGGUAUUGCAGAAGAGAAAGGAAUGGGAGAUGAAGUCUGCCAUGUAAUUGGCCCCUUCCACCCGCUGAGUGUUCCCAAAGGCAGGAGACAUUGCACUGUACAUAUACAUAUCAGACCGUGUGUCUAUAUAUAUACCGUUAACGCUGCAUGUGGAUCAUGCACAAUAAACUCUGAAUCUCUCCUUUUUUUUACCAUAGUUAUCAAUGUUACAAUAACUCUUUUUCUGGUUUUAAACUGACUGGAUUUUUAUAGGUUGUCUGCAGUGGCACUGAAAUGGGGAAAAGAGGACCAGGCUGGGUGGGAGAGGGCUCACCCCAGCAUUACUGGGUCUGGACUCUUCACAGCAGCAUAUCCAUCUGGUACCAUUUUCCAGGGAGCUAUUCCGCAGUGGCUUGUGAGCUCAUUAGCCACCAGCACUCUCCUCCUUGCGGUUGAUGUGACAGAGGUGGAGCUGAGAUGGCUUCUUUGUCUGCAUUUACGGAACCUUCCUGCAGCUUCAAGUUGCAUAGGCUGGUGCUUCAGAAGACAGUUCUUUUGAAUGCCUCCUGACACACGGGAUGAAAGAUGAGAACAAACGUGAACAACAGCUUCCCAUGCUGUUAGACCCUAAAAGAAAGUGGAGAUACAAAGAGGAUGCUCUGGGCUACCUAGCUAUGUGUUUUUGAGUCCUUUGAAGUCUUUCAUGGAUCUCCUCCACUUCUCUUUCUAGCAAACACCUUUCUCCAUAGAGAUAACAGCCCUCCUUUUGAUUUCCAGAUAGACACAGACAUUUUACCGUGCAGGGAUGGAAUGAUGCAGCUCUUUGAUAACAUUACAUGCAUUGUGCAGCUGGGCAUGUCUGAAAUCAGAAGAAGAGUGCUUCUAACUGGGUACGCUGGCCAUACAACCAGGAGUCUAAAGGGGAGGAGGAGGCUGCCAGGAGGUGUGCAUGCUACCCUGCUGCACUGCCUCUAGCCAGCUGUUCUUGGCAGCCCGCAUGCUGGGACUGAAAGGGAAGGAACAUGAGCGGGGACCAAGAAGUGUGGCAGCUGCUUUUAAAGUGGUCACAGGCUCUACUAAGAGGAGACAAUAAUUUCUGGAGGCAUUUAGAGAUGGGCAAUUCACUUCUUUUUGAAACAUCAGAGUCCAAUGAGCUAACACCCUGUGGAACGACUGUAGGUGCCCACUGCGGUUUAGUGGAUCGAGCACAGGGCAGGGAGUCAAAAUGGCUGGCUUUUGUCCUCGGCUCUACCACUCCACAACCUUGGGCAAGUCUCUUCCCCUCCGUGUCCCUCAGCUUCUCCCUCUGUCAAACAGGCCUAAUGACACUGACCCACCUUCAUAAAACAAUCUGAGAUCUGCCAUCAGCACCAGAGAAAGGGCAAAGUCUGGUUAGUAACUCUCUCCCAAGCCUGAAAGCUCAGAUGCCCAGUGAAUAUUUAAGGGUGAGGCAUGGACACAACUUUCAUUACAGCAAGUGGCAUGAGAGUAACUGCACUGAGAAUAGUGUAAACACAGGAGCAUUGAUUGUAUUUAUCUUUAUAGGGACUCAGUCAUCUUCAAGGUAAUAUGUUGCGAAUAAACUAGUGCCUUGUGUUACAAAUAACAUAGCAGAGGAUGAAAAGAAUUUUUCAAAAUAUAGAGAACAUAUAGUUAUUUAUGUUCUUCGGCGAAGACUUGGACAAUGGAAAUCAAUUCCGCGUCACUUUCUGGUUCUGAUCUGCAAUCAGAGCUGCUUUCCCCUGGGUCUGCCCAGAGCCAUGUUGAAGUCAACAGGGCUGCAGCUGGCCCAGUGUGACAGCCAUCCCAACACACCUGGGAUUGAAAUAGACACCUCCAGAGCCAGAAGCCUGAGUCACUGCACCUCGGCUAUAAGAGAUUCCCAUCCUCAGUGGAGCACAGAGAGGAACUCACACCACACAGUGCCCAAUGGGUUUCAUAAGGGCUUGCUCAUGCAGAAUCAGUAAUUUACAGGAUCCGGGUAUAAGAACCUGACCGUAAUCUAAAGCAAAACAGACUUUGUUGAUUUCUAUUGCAUGGUGCUGCAAUGUUUGGGUUGCAAACACUGCAGGGGAACUGUUAUUUGUUUAAAAGCAACUGUUUGCAUUGGAUUUUGUUUUGUAAUUGUAGACAUAUUUUUUCUAAUGUUCUUGCGUUUUUUAAAAACAUGCUUUUACCAAAUUGAAAUGCGAGGGUGGGGGUGGUGAGAGGAAAUGUUAAAUUGACAGUGUGCCUUUAAAGGUCCAAUAUGUAACUUGUUAAUUCAGAAAGAUGUCAGGGUUAGAUGGGGGGAGUCUUUUUUGUUUUUUUGCUGGGGUUUAGGGUUGUUUUUAACAAAUUAUGUCAAAUAAAUGUUUCAAACCCCACCUUUUAUCUUGUAAAAUGCAUGAUGCUUGGAGGGGUUUCCUUUAGUCUGGUUUGUGCAGUGAUUUUGUGAUAGGGAAAUAUUGAUUAGGAACAUGGCUGAGGUUCAAUAGACAUUUUGGUUCUGACCCAGGGUGAGAUUAAAAUCUAGGUGAGGUGAAAAAAGCUGGUGCAUGAAACGGCUGGAUCCCCAGUUCUCCUAACCCACCCCACCAUCUCUUCAAGUUUAAAAUUAAGACAUCCACUGCUGGAUGGAAAUAAGAGGAAACCACAUGGAAAACGAGAAAGAGUGCUUUACUUUAAAGGAUGUUUUAGGGAAACACUACUUCCUGUAGCAUAGCAGUGGAUUUUUCUCUCAAGGGCACAGUUCUGCCACCCUCUGGCAUACA